ACUAAACCCAAAAAAAAAAAAAAAAAAAAAAAAAAACCCCAAAAUCCUUCUCUUUCGCUUUCUCUCUGGCGAGAGGGCUCCGCAUCUCGCCGGAGAAUUCCAUAGAUUCCGAUGACCGGCGGAGCUGAAAGAGCAGGAGAGGGAGGAGAAAACGUGCAGCAAAGAGAAUGAACAAGGCAUAAAGACAAGAAGAGAAAAAAAAAAAGGUUAACGUGCAAUGCAGGGAAAAAGAGCAUCAAAGAAGCUUAAGAGGAUCUUACACGGCACAGAUGCCUAGAUGAUCCCUUCUCCAAUCCCCUUGCCUUAUGCCGUAAUUUAUUCCUUUUUUUAUAUCCUCCUCGUCUCUCCCUCCACCUCCUCUGCAUCCUCGUUUUAAAUUCCCCUCUCGUUCUCUCCUCCUUCCAUCUCUGGCUUUCUCUCUCUUUGUUCCUCUGUCUGGUCCGGACUCCAAUUGCGAUUUCAACGUCCGAGUUUGGCUGUUCGUCGUUUGAUUGGCGUUUUCGGCAGCUGAGCAGCUCGGACUUCGAUUUUGCAAUCUGCAACUUCACAGUAUAAUUUUCGUCAUGCCAUCUGAGAUAAUGGACCUCAAGGGUUUGUCCUCCUCGUCGUUCUUCUCCGAUGAAAGGCAGGGUGGGUUUUGGAAGUCAGAUCACUUGCCUGAUAAUCAUGCCAGCAAGAAGUCACUUGCUUCAUCAUCUCUGGAGACGUGUCAGACAGUGAAUUCUCUGGACCAUCCCGAAUUUUUCAUAAUGCAAGACCAGAAAGUGCAUCCCGGCUUCAAUAAACAGGCAGUGGGAGCAGAGAGAGCCUUAAGUCAUUCCUUGAAUUUGUCGAGAACCAUGAACCAUGAUUCAGGAGCAAGAUCUAAUGUAAAUGUUGAGACAGCAUCUUAUUUUGGAGAAGGUGGUAAAGUCAAUAUGAUGGGAGCUCAGUAUGAGAGUAGCCUUUUUUCAAGUUCAUUGUCGGAGCUAUUUAGUAGGAAGUUAAGAUUAUCGUCGAACAAUACACUGUAUGGCCAUUCUGUUGAUACUGUUGCCCCCCACUAUGAUGAAGAGGAAGCUUUUGAAUCCCUUGAAGAAAUUGAGGCCCAAACCAUCGGAAAUCUUCUCCCAAAUGAUGACGAGUUGCUUUCUGGAGUUACCGAUGGGCUUGACUAUUCAGUCCAACUGAGUGCUAGGGAUAAUAUGGAGGAGUUGGACCUUUUUAGCAGUGUUGGAGGGAUGGAUUUGGGAGAUGACGGUUUGGCAACUGGAUUAAGGGACUCUGUGUAUGCUGUAGAAGUUUCUAAUGGUCUGUCGUGCAAUGGUUCAGUAGUGGGAGAACACCCUUAUGGUGAACACCCUUCCCGGACUUUGUUUGUGAGAAAUAUAAACAGUAACAUUGAAGAUUCUGAGUUGAGAACCCUGUUUGAGCAAUAUGGAGAUAUUCGCACUCUUUAUACAGCCUGCAAGCAUCGCGGUUUUGUUAUGAUAUCCUAUUAUGACAUUAGAGCAGCUCGUAAUGCGAUGAAAUCACUGCAGAAUAAACCAUUGAGGCGCCGCAAGCUUGACAUACAUUACUCAAUUCCAAAGGACAACCCUUCUGAGAAAGAUGUUAAUCAGGGAACUCUUGUUGUAUUCAACCUGGAUUCUUCUGUUUCAAAUGAUGAAUUACGCCAGGUUUUUGGUGUCUAUGGAGAAAUCAAAGAGAUCCGUGAAACCCCAAAUAGAAGUCAUAACAAAUUUAUUGAAUUUUAUGACAUUAGAGCUGCAGACGCUGCUCUUAAUGCCUUAAACAAGAGUGAUAUUGCCGGGAAGCAAAUUAAGCUUGAGCCAAGCCGUCCUGGAGGUGCAAGACGGAGCUUGGAGCUACAGUUAUCUUCAGAUUUUUUAGAGCAAGAUGAAUGUGGCCUAUAUCUGCAGCAGACUAGCCCUUCUGACUCUAUCACUGGAUUUUCUGAGUCGUUAACAGGACCAGUUCCACAUGGAUCAGUUACGUCCAGUUGCACAGAUAAUGGAACUAUCAUGGCUGUACACGCUGCAGCACAAGCUGCGUCCCUUGAAAAUGCAUUCCACUAUGGGGUCUCUUCUAGUGUUCCUAACAGCUUACCUUCUGUUCUGAGAGCUGAAUCUGUUGGGAAUCAGUCUGGCUUUGUUGAGUCUGUCCAUUCAGCAGGCUCGCUGAAAUUUGACAUCCAUGGCUUGCCAGCUUCCCAUCCUCAUUCACUUCCAGAGUAUCAUGAUGGUUUAACUAAUUCAGUCAACUGCAGUUCACCGGGCAAUGUAUCUAUCAAUGCCAGACCAACAGAAAGAAUUGAUAACAGGCACUUCCCCAGAGUAAGCUCCAAUGGGCACUCAUAUGAACUAAAUGAAGUUUUUGGCUCUGCCGGCAAUGUUAACUGCCCUAUUCCUGGACAUCAUUACGCAUGGAACAACUCCUAUCACCCUCAGCCUCCUGGAAUGAUAUGGCCAAACUCACCAUCAUUUGUCAAUGGACUUUCUUCAGCUCAUCCCUUUUCUGCAGUCCAUCCCCCAACGCGGGUUCAUGGACUUCCUAGAGCACCAUCUCAUAUGUUAAACCCAGGUUUGCCCAUGCAUAACCAUCAUGUGGGGUCAGCACCAGUGGUCAAUCCUUCUCUGUGGGACAGACGACAAUCAUAUGGAGGGGAAUCCCCCGAGGCAUCUGGGUUUCAUCCAGGCUCUCUUGGAAAUAUGAGAAUCUCAAAUAACUCACCACAUUCAAUGGAAUUUGUUUCUCAUAACAUGUUUCCUCAGGUUGGUGGAAACAGCAUGGACCUGCCAAUUGCUCACAAAAAUGCAGGACUGCAGCAAGCCCAUCAUCAGAGGUGCAUGAUGUUUCCUGGAAGAGGCCAGAUGAUUCCCAUCAUGAGUGCAUUUGAUCUGCCUGCUGAGCGUACAAGAAGUCGUAGAAAUGAAGGCAUGGUUAAUCAGGGAGACAAUAAGAAACAGUAUGAACUGGAUGUUGACCGCAUUAUGCAAGGAGAAGACAACCGAACAACACUUAUGAUAAAGAACAUUCCCAACAAGUAUACUUCAAAGAUGCUAUUGGCUGCGAUUGAUGAACGCCAUCGAGGAACUUACGAUUUCAUUUAUCUGCCAAUUGAUUUUAAGAACAAAUGCAAUGUGGGCUAUGCGUUCAUCAAUAUGACUGAUCCUCGAAUGAUCGUUCCAUUUUAUCAGUCAUUCAACGGGAAGAAAUGGGAGAAGUUCAACAGUGAGAAGGUGGCAUCACUCGCAUAUGCUCGAAUUCAAGGAAAAGCUGCUCUGAUUGCACAUUUCCAGAAUUCAAGCUUGAUGAAUGAGGAUAAGCGAUGCCGUCCCAUUCUCUUCAACACUGAUGGCCCAAAUGCCGGUGAUCAGGUGCCCUUCCCAAUGGGGGUUAAUGUUCGCACAAGACCGGGAAAAAUUCGAGCAGUCACCCAUGAGGAGAGCUAUGUAGGGAGUCCACCAAGUUUUGGAGACGAAGAGCAUUCUUGCAAUGGAGAGACAUCUGCAGGUUCCCGUUCUGCUAAGGAGUCAGACUAAGCGCCACAUAUUUUCCCGGGCACUAACCUUACAGUACAGAAGAUUCUAAUUUCCUUCCACCCGAAUCUUCGGUGAUGCAUAUUUAGGGUGGCUAAAGAGAGGGCCAAGGAAAGAUCUUGCGGUGUUUCUUACAAGCCCGUUUAAACCUUAGAGGACAAAUGCUUAGCUAAUGCUAAGCGAUUUUCCAGGUUUUUUUCACCUUUUUUCUUUAAAUUCCGAAACAGUUAGCACAAAAGACGAAAAGAAGGAGCAUCGGCUGGAGCUUCGAAAUUUUGGAUGAUCUAAAGAGUAAUUACUUGAAGAGAAACAAAAAUAUAAUUUAUGUACAGGAGUUUCUGAGCAGGAAGAAGAGACUGUAAACUGCGGUUCGAUGAGGUUAAUAACUGCUCCAUUUUGUAAUUUUUUUUCUUCUGGUUUAUGUUUUAUUUAGUUCUUUGGGGGAACGCAUUUGUAACUAUUAAGACAUAAGAGCGUUAAUUUUUUUUUUUUUUUUUUUGAAUAAUUAAACUCAUUGUUGUAUGGAUUCUGUGUUCAAAUAAUGUGUGGCUGGAUUCCAUGGGAUGCA